AACAUUGUAAAACUGGCAAUCGCGGUCGGAAAAGUGAGGAGAAGAAGAAGCGAAAAGCGAACGAGCAGUCGUACCGCACUCUCUCCGCGACGGAGGUGACGGCGAUUUUCUCGGCGUCUCUGCUAUGGCUGCCCUCCCCACACUUGCACAGAUCGCCGGAAACCACACCACGGUAUACGAGGCUUUCUAUCAGCAGGUGGAUCCGGCAGGCAUCAAUCAUGUUGGAGCACUUGAGGCCGCAACAUUCCUAAAGCGCUCUGGGCUAGCAGAUGGCAUUCUGAGCAAGAUUUGGGACCUUUCCGAUGCUGGUGGAAAAGGGUUCCUCGACAAGCGCGGUUUCUUUGUCGCGCUCAAGCUAGUGGCCCUCGUGCAGAAUGGAAAGCAACCAUUACUGGCAAAUCUGACAUUGCCCGCACCACCACCGAACAUGGCAGAACAAAUUCGAAGCACCAACAUAGAUUGGUCAGUAAAGCCCUUGGAGCAGACCAAAUAUGUGGAGAUGUUCAACUCUUUGGGGCCUGUAGCUGGAAAGCUUCCCGGAACCAAAGUUAAACCGGUGAUGCUGAACUCGAAGCUUCCGGUGGACGUGCUGGGAAAGAUUUGGGACCUCAGCGAUGUUGACCAAGACGGUGCCUUGAGUGAAGAAGAGUUCAUUGUGGCAAUGCACCUAGUUUACAAAGCCCUGGACAACUGUCCCAUUCCAAGUGUUCUGCCCCCCGUGCUGAUGCCCCGGUCCAAGCAGAGUCCGCUGCCAACGGCCAUCCCAUCGGACUUCUCUCCGGUUGGCAUGGCUGGAGUGCGCCGAAGGCCAAGCACGCCAUCUUCCGUUGGUGCGCCCGACGUUGCCUUGCACAAUACCCUCCACAAGCCGCCGCUUCCGUGGGUCGUCAGCGCUGCAGAGAUGGCCAAGUUCAGCCAGCUUUUCACGAGCCUAGACACGGACAUGGAUGGGCUAGUCACUGGAGCCGACGUCAAGGGGACCUUUCUCAAGACUGGUCUUCCUCAGGUUGACCUAGCACAGAUCUGGAACUUGUGUGACACGAAGCAGAAUGGGAGCCUGAAUGCCGAACAAUUUGCCCUUGCCAUGCACCUGGCAGCAGAGAGAACAAAAGGUGCUCCGCUACCAACCGCUCUGACACCCGACAUGGUACCGCCUUCACUGAGGCCAAAGCUCCAGACAUCGGCAGUUGGCUCGCUGGAUGGAGGUGGUGCCCUGGUAGGCCUGGAAGGGCUCACAAGUUCGACCCCGCCGCCACUGAGCGCUCCAACAUCAGGAAACAAGGAGCUCGACAUGAUUGUCGAUGAGAUGAAGACGUUGCAGAUAGACAAGUCGACGCUUGAGCAGGAAAUCAUUCAGGCUGAGACGGACCAGAAGACAAAGAAUGCGGAGCUGCGGAACCUUGAGACAGAGAUCGAGACUGUAUCAGCCAUGCUCAAGCAGCUGGACACACAGAAGAAGGAAGCUCAGAAGCGGCUCGCUGAACUUGGAGCUCAGAGGGCAGCAUUAGAUAGCGACCUAACAGAGCUUAGAGAGGAGGUUGAAGAAGAGAGAGCGAAGGUGACGGCACUCAAGAAGCAGGUCGAAGAGCAGACAAAGCUUCUAGAGGAGCAAGAGCACGAAAUGGAGCAGAAGCGGGCGGAGCUCAAGGGUCUCUGCCAAGAGGAAUCCUCACUGCAAGCCGAGAUCGACAGCCAGAAGGCGCAGCUCCAGGCACUGAGCCAAGCGCAGCAGGAGACACAGCUACAGAUCAGCCAGGUAAAGGCGAGACACGUGGCUCUGGAAGAGCAGCACGUGCAGCUCAAGACGUGGGUUUCGCAAGUCGAGCGCGCCCUCCAAGCUGGUGACCCGGGCCUGGUGCCCGAGUCCCUACUGCGAGAGGACCAGCUGUCCGCAGGGUUGGCAGAGCCGGAGUACCAGCAGCUCUCCAACACGGAAUGCAGCAGUCCUACUAGCUUUGUCAGUGCAGCAGACGAAGAGAGCAAGGAUGACCCUUUCAAGAGCAAAGACUCGUUCAAUGAUAUGAAUGGCUUCCUGGGUGAUCCAUUUGGUGGGGAAGACCCCUUCAAAGGAGCUGAUCCGUUCAAAGGUAGUGGCACCGAGGACCCGUUUGCUGGUGAUCCUUUCAAGAGCACAUUUGGCUCUGAAACAAAGGAUGAGGACUACUUUGCUGCCAGCUUUCAAGAUGCCCCUGAUGUUGUUCCUGUUGCCGACACGAAAGAUCCCUUUGACCCAUUUGGAACAGGGAAAGGAGCCUUUGGGGCCACAAAUCCUGGACCAGCUGAAGCCGCAGCCGCCGUCGACCCCUUCGGUACAGACCCGUUUGCGCCCGUGCCAGCUACCACACGCGCCGAGAGCCCGACGCCCGCCUUGCCACCGAAGAAGGGCAAACAGCCACCGCCGCGACCGGCGCCUCCCAAACACCUCGCCAGUUCACGUGGAGGAGGCUCGUCCACUAGCGGCCCUACGCGGGCAGCCCCUGCCCCGCCCUUGCCAGACGAAGACCCUUUCGCCAGCACAGCGGGGGGAUCUGCGACAGAGUCCUUUGCGAACUUUGCAGACUUUGGGAAUUGCUGAGAGACGGCAGCGUGCAGCAGACGAUACACCUUUUUUUUGUCCUCGUUACGUCUUCAUUUCUCGCCCUCAACCAUCUGUCCCCUGUCGUGCUCCUUAUAUGUUGCCGUUCAGUCUUUCAAACAUAGGCUGCUCUGGGACGACGGGAGUCAUUGUUUUCAGAAGGUAUUGCCCACAGCACUGUGUUCAGGUGGCAGGCAAAAAAAGAAAAGAAAAGCUAGGACUGAUUUGCAUCUAAACUUCUGCACGCACCUUCUACAAAUUCUCCUCUCAUGUACUGUGAAAGCGUAUUAAGAGUAAUGCUAGCACGUGCAUGCAUUCUUUGUGUUGACUGCAACCAGGUACGUAGUCGUGUAACCAGCCACACUUGAUGGCAGUAGCUGUGGCAGAUAUUUCCUAUUGAUGGUUUGGCAGGCAAUCCAAAUAAAAUGUUAGUGACGUUGUCUACCUAAACAUGAGUCUGAGGAUAGGAGAGACCUUGUGUCACUGACAUCUAAUCAUUUUCCAUUUCAGCUUGAAUACAUACAUACUCAGGUUCAGACACUGUUUCACCAAGAUGGAUUGAUUUAGCUUGGUUUGCCUUCGCUUUUAUGAUAAAUGCCAUGGGGAUUAAAGACAGGGUACUAUAAUUGAAAGGCUUUAAGACUGGGUUUAGUUUGCUGUUGCUUGAAGAGAAAGUUCACAUGACAGUUUUAACAUUGGUACCAAUCUGUGCAGCUUGUGACACGCUGCUUCCUAUAUCAUGUUAGCUUAUCUGUCCACAAUGUUUCUGUGGUUUUCUUUGAGCUUGGUGGAGUGAACAGAUGAAGCCUGUGGGCAGACUUGUGAACAGUGGCUGCUAGGCCUUUGGUUUUUCUAGCUGGCAUACCAAAUUAAGAAGUACUGCUUUUUACUAUAUGCCUGUUUCUCAUUAGCUCCAAAACCCUGCGCAAAGGUUGUAAAUGGAUGUUCAAAGGCAGAAGGGACUACUUAACCUGCCACCCAUAUGCAUAGUGCAGUGAUGCACCACCACUGCGAGCUCUUAACGCAUGUAUGACAAAAUCUGUUUUCAGUCGUAUGCUGCAAAGUGUGGAUUGUUUAACCUCAUUGCAUGUGUCGAAUCUCCGCGGCAACAUUUGAACAAAUGCUUAUUUGCAGGGAGUGCAUUACCACUGCUGUCGUGUUUUAUUUAAAAGCCUUUUUUUUUUAAUGCCUUUUAUUUAUGCAAAUUGGACGUUGUUUGGGUAGCUGAGCAAUACGGUGCAGUCAAUGUCCAGUUUCAUCUUCUCGUGUGCCAUACGAACUUUCUUUUGCGUGUCUUUGUGUAUAUCUGUGCUGCAUGUGUUGUAUCCUGAAGAAACUCUAGACUAGUACGGCAAUUGCACGAACGUAGUAAUGGCUCUCUUGAGACGAAAGAGCGCACCUCCUUUUUGUACAGCAUGUUGACAGCAGUAUUGUUGCUAGCCUAUUGGUUUGAGAUUCUUGACAGGUGUGUAUUGUUAUGCUUGCAAAAAAGGAACAGUAGUGCUUGAAGCAGUACUGGACAUCACUGCUGUCAAGCAAGGAUUACUGGAUUGCUCAGUGACCUGAACAAUGACCACUGUUAGCAUUGAUUUCAAGAGCAGAUCUGUUACUUUCCUGCACUGACGUUGCAACAUUCAUGCAUGCAGUGACUGCAAAAAAUGUGCAUGUUAGUAGCCAAGGCUUUGCCUUGCUUCUGUAGCUUUGCACUGUGUGUGUAAGGCUGCUGCUUGAUGUUCUUGCCAGUAGGAACUGUACCAUAAUCACGUCUGUUAAUCUCGCGCCAACGAUAUCGAUUGUCCCAGGAUACUGGGAACAAUAGGACAGCCCUGUAAUGAAAGGGUCAGCCAUGUAUAUUAUUCAUUCCUUUCUCGGGUGUGGUAUGUUGUCAGAGUUCGGCUAGUCUGUACAAUUUUCUGAAAGUCUUAGUGGAAGUACCUAACAGUCGGUCGGGUGUACAUAAAAGCACAUUGUUUGGAGCUCACUUUAUUUCAAUUUCGUGAUUACUUUGCGCAUGGCAAUUUCAGGACGUGCUCCAGUGUGUUUCAUGCUCUUGUGUACAUAACUACUAUACUGCACAACUUUCAGCUUACUGCUGUUUACACAUCAAGACGUCUUCCCAGGUAACAAGUGCGGAUCGUGUUUUUUGCCUAGUCUACUUAGCUUAGCUUGUUUUUCUGGGAAUCUAAGCACCACAGGCCUUCUAUUAUUGCUUGAAUGCAGUUGGCCGAAUGCUAUCUCGUCUGCAAGCGGUACAUGUCAAGAAUGCAACUGUGUACUUGCACCUGGAGUGCAUCUUGAGUUUCCACGUGUUGCAAGCGACGCUGCUUCACAGCCGCAUAUGUGAUUGAGUGCACGGGCAGUUACUGCCUUCACAAUACUUGCAAAACUGCCCGUGAACAGUAGUGCGUAGUAAUAAAAAAUAUGCAUGUGUCUGUGAACCUCGUAGAAGUGAGUGGGAUUCAGUGUCUUGAAAGACAAGUCGUGGUUUAGGUCUGUGAGCACGUAUAUGUUUGAAUUAUGAAAACAAUAAGAAAAGGUAGCAAGAGCACUUGUCACUUCAGAGCAGAGUUGUGAGCGUGUUUUUCCUCGAGCAUCCAGCACUUGUCUUGAAUGUCAAGGCCUUAAAACUCUUUCUAGCAUGAGAUAUUUGCGUGCAACGAUGCGCAAGUAUGUUACUGUGUGUGUUGAGAUUGGCCUGGUGCUAUGUUACAUCUCGUCUUGUUCCCAGUGCCAUCCAAGCAGUGGGACAGUUGCGUUUUGUGUUGAAGGUUAUUAUUUUAACAUUCCCUUGCAUUUUAUGUAGAUAUGUAUGCCUUUUAAAUAAAAGCCAUAUGCAUGUU